AUGCAGUCGCCGGAGCCCUCCUCCUCCUCCUCCCCGGUCCUCCUCAAUAUAGGGGGCAAGAAGUAUGCGACCACCGUGGAGACACUGACGCAGCGGGAGCCCGACUCCAUGCUCGCCGCCAUGUUCAGCGGGCGGCACACGCUCCCGCAGCACUCAACCACGGGGAAGGGGAUGGUGUUCGUUGACAGGGACGGGAAGCACUUCCGGCACGUGCUCAAUUGGCUCAGGGACGGCGCCAUCCCCGUGCUGUCGGAGUCCGACUACCAGCAGCUGCUGCGAGAGGCAGAGUACUACCAGUUGCUCGGUCUAGCUGAUUACAUAAACGAGAGGCUGGCUUGGAAGAAAGCCGACAGUUUGGAGGCUGAAUUGACACGAAAGGACGUGAUCAAGAGGAUACAGGCGCAAAGAGUCAGAUUCCGUGGCGUGAAUUUGUCUGGCCUUGAUCUGUCUAAGCUUGACUUAUCAGAGGUGGACUUCAGUUAUGCAUGCAUUAAGAACACUGAUUUUUCAUGUGCUAACCUUUACAAAGCAAAAUUUGGGCAGGUGGAAGCAUUGUCUUCAUCCUUCCAAAACGCAAAUUUGCGUGAGUGUGAGUUUAUUGGAGCGAAUCUUCAAGAAUCUAUUCUGGAUGGAGCAAACCUUCGAAGUGCCAACUUGCAAGAUGCAUGCUUAACACGAUGUAGCUUCAUUGAAACGGAUCUUCAUUCUGCCCAUUUACAGACUGCUAAUCUUACACAAGCCAACUUAAGAGGAGCUAACCUUGAAGCAGCCAAUCUCAAGGGUGCUAAGUUGUCUGGUACAAACUUGCAAGACGCAAAUCUUCAGAGAGCUUACUUGCGAGAAGUUGAUUUGCGUGACACUCAAUUGACUGGUGCUAAGCUUGGAGGUGCAAAUCUGCUUGGAGCUAUCAGAUGA